UAGUGGUAAAACGCUGGUCGUAACUCUCGGAGACUAGCGGCAGAAAAGCGCUUCAAACUUUGAUUUUCUGUCUCAGAAACACACACGGACGCCACGUUUUAACACGCACAGAAGCAGAAAUGACAAUUCAUGGCUUUUAACCGCGAUUUGUGGCUUUAUUUGUGCGAAAAUGAGCCGUGAACACCUUUGAAAGAAUUGUUUUUUUGGCGCCGCGGAAAGAUGGUGGAGCCUCGGCUGCUGUAGCUAACUGCGGCUAGCUGUGGAUCGCUUUGGGUUUACUUUCACCCACCAGGAGCUGAAAAAGUGUGUGAAUGCGUGGAGACUUGGACAUUUGGAUCGGGGACACCAGCGCAGACGUGUGAGGACAGUUGUGGAGACCGAAGAGCUAUUGAUGAGUUUGGACCAAAAUAAUGUCGUUCUGUGCGACUCUGAAGAUGGAACCGGAGCAACUGGAGGCUCGAUUUAGACAUCAGAUGGUGCUGUGAAGAACCAUGGGUGGCUGUUUAAGCUGUCCAGAGAAAGAGUCCAUCCCAGAUAAUCAUCAGAGCAAAUUCAAGGUGAUAAAUGUGGACGACGAUGGGAACGAGCUCGGGUGUGGUGUGAUGGAGCUGACGGAGGCGGAGCUUGUACUGCACACUCAUCGGCGUGAUGAUGUGCGGUGGCCAUAUCUGUGUCUGCGACGCUAUGGAUACGACUCCAACCUAUUCAGUUUCGAGUCAGGACGACGAUGCCAGACCGGGCAAGGGAUCUUUGCGUUCAAAUGUGCCCGAGCCGAGGAGAUCUUUAACCUGCUUCAGGAGGUGAUGCACAGCCACAGCAUCAGUGUGGUGGAGGAGGCAGUACUGGAGCCCAGCCACCAGGGAGCGCUGCACACCAACACUUCAGCAGCUCCAGGAUACUCUGUGCCCACUGUGCCUAAUGGUGUCACCCGUCUCCCAUCAGUGGGUGACACGUCUCACCCAUCGACGCGGCACCCAUCUGUGGCUAGCACCCGUUUGCCCUCUGUGGGUGAGGAGUCCACACACCCUCUGCUCGUGUCUGACGACCAGGUGCACACGUACGUGAACACGGCAGGUCUGGAGGAGGCGUCCAGUCCUCUGACCGUUAGCACUCAUCUGGAGAGUCCCACGUCUCCCCUCUGUCCCCCCACACCUCCCCCUCCUCCCCGGGCACCUCCUAUGCCUCCCGUGCCCGCCACGCCCUCGCCUGUACCUAUUGCUGUGCCCAUCGCUGUACCUGCCUCUGUGCCUGCCGCUGUACCCGCCUCUGUACCAGUCUCUUUACCCACCUCUGUGCCCACUGUACCCACCGCUGUACCCAUGGCUGUGCCUGCUCCGGAGCCUGUGGUGCAGAUGGAGGGUGCGGCUGUGCGCUUCGUCCUGGGUCCCACACCAGUGCAGCGGCAGCAGAUGGAGCAGCAGAGACAAAAGGACCAAUCGGAGACGGCCAAACAGGACAAGGACCAAUCAGAGGCCGGUAAGUCGGAGGAGGCGGGACCUCAACCCAACGGCUCUGCUUCAUGCGGCCCCGCCCCUCGCCGCCACAGGCCUCCGCCCCUAACCCCUGACCCCAACGUGAAUAACUCUGCUCUGCGCCGCACGGCGCUGUUGGACUAUGAGAACUUGCCUCCUCUGCCUCCGGUUUGGGAGGCGCGGGCUCGACCAGAGGAGCCCACCUCCGCCCUAAACGGCUUCAGCUGCGCGCCGCACAGUGCCCUCUACAGCCCACCACCGCUCAGCGCGGUGUCGAACAGCGCGCAUUGUUACGUGAACACUGAGAACGUGACAGCUCCUCUGAGCGCUCACGUGGCUCGAAGCUCGCGCCGCGCGGCCGAUGCUCCCACAGUCUUUAACUUUGACAUCAGACGCCCCCUGGAGGGACAGACCCUCAACUACGUGGAGGUGGAGACGGACACGAACCACAGCCCGCCCACGCCUCGCACGCCCACCUCCCCCGCUCCUGGCACACCCACCCGCAGAACCGAGUUGUAUGCCCUCAUCGACAUUGAGCGCACCGCUGCAAUGUCGUCUCUGCAAAAGGCCCGCCCCAAAGACGACGGCACCGCCAGGAAGACUCGCCACAACAGCACCGAGCUGCCCACCAAGGCCACAGCCUGAGGGCAGAUCUGGUUUAGACUGGGUUUAGACUAGGUCUAGACCAGGUUUAGAGUUAGACCAGGCUGCUCACCAAGGUCACGGCCUGAAACCUGGGUCUGGUUUAGCUCGGGUCUCUGUCUCUCCAGGGGGCGUGGUCUAAAGACUUGGGGUGGGACCAAGAGCACUGUGGCAGCACUGCAGUUUGGACACUUCACCUGCAGGGGGCAAAUGAUGUAAAAGGAAGCACAACGUCACCUCCAGGGGGCAGCGGCGUAAAUCAUGAGUUUGGUACAAAAAUGACGACGCUCCAAAAGACAGGACUCUUAUGAAAUGUGCCUUUUCCGCUUCUGCCUCCUCUCUCUCCUCUGCUUCCUCUCCCUUCUUCUCUCUCUUCUCUCUCUCCAUCACUCUCUUUCUCUCUCUAUCCCUUUUCUGCACUCACUCCUCUUUUCUCCUGUUUCUCUCCCUUCUCUCUCCUCUUAUUCUUUGGGUGAAGGGUCCAAACUGCCCUCCUCCUUUGGGUGCUCCCCCUCCCCUAUCGGUGAAGUGUCCAAUCGCCUUCGGGUGCUGCUCGCUUCUCGGACUGUCGGAGCAUUGGACUCCGCCUCCUCAAACGUUUCUCUGAUUUUAGGUUCUUGUUUUGGGGUCAAAGGUGAAAGGUACUCGACAGUAUUAAUAAUAAUGAUCAUUCCAGUUAUAUCUUUUAUACUCACGCUGCUGUGUCACGGUACAACUGUAAAACUCGCCACAAUAAAUGCUCAUUUUUAUUUGUACUUCGGACAAAAAAGAAAAAAAAAAAAAUUCACUACUUUUGUCUUUUAUUUGUGUGAUGAAGUGACAGGAAAUCCUGAGUCGGUUUUGUACUUGAUCUUCAAGAGGAGUAUUAGGCAAAAUAUUUUUGUUUUGUUUUCUACCCUAUAUAACAUUGAUCCCUCAUCAAAAACAUGCCAGAAGAGGUUUUAGAUUUCAUCCAUGCAUGUUCAGUAUUUUAGCGAUCUUUCUCAGGCUCUGUUCAUACCCUCCUUAUGGUUAGCUGUAAGAUUUUGUGCAAUUCAUUUUCCAAGCUCUCAUUUAGGUUGCCAUUUUCAAUGCUGAAAUCCAAUUGGUUUAACCCGAAAAGGAUGCUCUCUGAUCUGAAUCGUCAUUAACCCCAGCACCUGCAGCCAAUUGUGAUUGCAGUGCACUGGUGCUACAUGGGUGAGGUCAUCAAAAACUUUGUUUCUGUAACUCAAAUGGUGAAAGCUCUCCCCUCUUUGCCCUCUUUGCAUC